CCUAAUUUCCGCACCACGAGCAAAAGAACGAAUGCAAUCGGAGGCUCAAAGACACACACUAGCAUAAACUCGCAGACGCCGCCUUCACUCUCUUUCUCGUCCACCAUUACUACCGCCUUAUUUCUCCCUACAAACACCAAAACCCACUCUCUUAUCCUCACUAAACACUAUCAACAAAUCUCAACUCUCACCAUUUCCCUUUUCUCUCUCCUCUCCCUAAAACCCUAGAAAAACCCCUUCAUCUUCAACUAACUUCAUCUUCUUCACUUAAACAAUGACGAAAGUAUACGGAACUGGAACCUACGAUUUCAAGCGUCACAGAGUAGCAGAAUACCCAGUCGAAAUCGCGCAUAAUAUCGCCGUUGAAAAAACCCCUGAUUCAAUCCCUAUUUCAAAUGCGCCCAAUUCCAUCAGUCUUUCCGAAAUUAAGCGAGACCCACUUACUAAGAUUGCAGCCGAUAAUUGGAUUAAAUCCGGAGGUAAUGAUUCCAAUUCCAGGAAACCCUUUGAUUCUGAGCUUGUCAAGGAUAUUUACCGUAAAGAGUUGCUCGUGAAGAGCGGCCGAAAACCGGUCCCGUUGCAGAGGGUUAUGAUUUUGGAGAUUAGCCAGUAUUUGGAGAACUAUCUUUGGCCUUAUUUCGACCCCGAAACCGCCAGUUUUGAGCAUGUUAUGUCUAUGAUACUCAUGAUCAAUGAGAAGUUUAGAGAAAAUGUGGCAGCUUGGGUGUGUUUUCAUGAUAGGAAAGAUGGGUUCAAAGCAUUCUUGGAGAGGGUUCUUCGGCUUAAGGAUCAGGGAGAUAGAUUUAGUAUUGCAGAGAAGACCAACUACUUGGUUUUCAUGAUUAAUGUCUUUCAGAGUUUGGAAGAUGAAGUUGUCAGCGAUACUGUCUUAAGACUGGCGAGUCUGCAAUGCUGGCAUAGCUUGUCAUAUGGUCGUUUUCAGAUGGAGCUAUGUGUAAAUCCUGAUUUGAUAAAGAAAUGGAAAAAGAUGACGAAAGCAGAAGCUAAGAAGGCUAAGAAAAGGGGAGAGAAUUAUGAUCCCUCAAAUUCUCUGGAAGCAACAUUCUUGAGAAAUUUCGUCAUGGAGUUCUUGGCAAUAUUGGAUUCUGAGGUGUUAAUCUGCACACAGCAUGAUGAUCCAGGAGGACUUAGUGUAAAUGGUUUUCAAGAAGUUGAUGAUGCUUGUGUCUUGUACUGUGAGAGGUUUAUGGAGUUCCUUAUUGAUUUAUUAAGCCAACUGCCAACAAGGAGAUACUUGAGACCUUUGGUUGCUGAUGUUGCGGUGGUUGCCAAAUGUCACUUAAGUGCGCUUUAUACUCAUGGAAGAGGAAAGCUGUUUUCGCAAUUGGUUGACUUGCUGCAAUUUUAUGAAACCUUUGAGAUUAAUGAUCAUGAAGGGACACAACUGACCGAUGAUGAAGUCCUUCAAGCACACUAUGAUCGUUUCCAGUCCUUUCAGUUGCUUGCUUUCAAGAAAAUUCCAAAGUUGCGGGAGCUAGCUUUAGCAAAUGUCGGUGCAAUACACAAGCGUGUUGAUCUCUCAAAGAAAUUGUCUGUUCUUUCACCUAAAGAGCUUAAGGACCUAGUGUGCUAUAAGCUUAAACUCAUUUCAAACAAUGAUCCUUGGUCAGACAGGGUUGAUUUUCUUAUUGAAGUCAUGGUAUCCUUUUUUGAGAAACAAAAGUCUCAGAAAGAAGCAAUAAAUGCUCUCCCACUCUACCCAAAUGAGCAGAUCAUGUGGGAUGAAAGUCUUGUACCUAACAUUAAUUACUCUGGAGAAGGAUGCCUGGCUCUCCCAAAACUUAACCUGCAGUUUUUGACCCUGCACGAUUAUUUGUUAAGAAAUUUUAAUCUUUUUCGUCUUGAGUCAACAUAUGAAAUUCGGGAGGAUAUUCAGGAAGCCGUGCCUCACCUUCUUGCCUGUAUUAAUAAUGAAGGAGAAACAGCCUUCCGUGGUUGGUCAAGAAUGGCUGUUCCCAUUAAAGAAUUCAGGAUUUCUGAGGUGAAGCAACCAAACAUUGGGGAAGUAAAACCAGCAGCAGUUACAGCAAAAAUUACUUACAGCAUUUCCAGUUAUAGAUCACACAUAAGAUCUGAAUGGGAUGGAUUAAAAGAGCAUGAUGUUUUAUUUUUGCUUUCUAUACGCCCUUCAUUUGAGCCAUUGAGCACAGAGGAAGCUUCUAAGGCAACUGUACCUCAACGGCUUGGGCUUCAGUGUGUACGUGGAUGUGAAGUAAUAGAGAUUCGAGACGAGGAUGGAGGCCUGAUGAAUGAUUUUACUGGGAGAAUCAAACGUGAUGAGUGGAAGCCUCCCAAGGGUGAGUUGAGAACAGUAACUGUUGCUCUAGAUGCAGCCCAGUACCACAUGGAUGUUACAGAUAUUGCAGAGAAAGGAGCUGAAGAUGUGUACGGAACUUUUAAUGUGUUGAUGCGGAGAAAACCAAAGGAAAACAAUUUCAAGGCAAUUCUAGAAUCUAUUCGAGAUCUUAUGAAUGAAACUUGUAUAGUUCCUGAUUGGUUGCACAACAUAUUUCUGGGUUAUGGAAAUCCUUCAGCCGCUCAGUGGACUAACAUGCCUGACCUUUUGGAGACUGUAGAUUUUAAGGAUACUUUUCUGGAUGCAGAUCAUUUGAAAGACAGUUUUCCAAACUAUCAGAUUUCUUUCUUAAAUCCAGAUGGCUCAGAAAACCUGCUUCCAGAGCCUCCAUUUCGAAUUAAACUUCCAAAGACGCUGAAAAGCAAUGCGCAAGCUCUUCCUGGCAAUAAAUCUAAUUUAAGUGCCUCCAAUGAUGCUAGUACAAUCCAAGAAAGACUUGUUGUUGAGACAUAUAUUCCUCCUAAUCCAGGUCCAUAUCCCCAAGACAAGCCAAAACUGAAUGCAGUGAGAUUUACCCCUACUCAGACGGGGGCAAUUAUUUCUGGUGUUCAGCCAGGCUUGACAAUGGUGGUAGGUCCACCUGGUACUGGAAAGACUGAUACUGCUGUGCAGAUCCUGAAUGUUCUUUAUCACAACUGUCCUUCCCAGAGAACACUAAUUAUAACACACUCCAAUCAGGCUCUGAAUGAUCUUUUUGAAAAGAUAAUGGAGAGAGAUGUGCCCGCUCGAUAUCUGCUUCGAUUAGGACAAGGUGAGCAGGAGUUAGCAACUGAUCUGGACUUUAGUCGUCAAGGCCGAGUAAAUGCAAUGCUGGUGCGACGUUUGGAACUGCUUAGUGAGGUGGAGAGGCUAGCGCGAUCUCUUCAGCUUCCGGAGGAUGUAGGUUAUACUUGUGAAACGGCUGGUUACUUUUGGUUGCUUCAUGUUUACUCACGGUGGGAGCAAUUUCUUGCUGCCUGCGCUGAUAAUGAAGAUAAACCAACAUUUGUUCAAGACCGUUUCCCCUUUAAAGAGUUCUUUUCUGAUGCCCCUCAGCCAAUCUUUACCGGAGAGUCCUUCGAUAAGGAUAUGCGGGCUGCGAAAGGGUGUUUUCGCCAUCUCAAAACUGUGUUUCAGGAACUUGAAGAGUGUAGGGCAUUUGAGCUGCUUAAAUCAACCGCAGAUAGAGCAAACUACCUAAUGACUAAACAGGCAAAGAUUGUUGCUAUGACUUGCACACAUGCUGCUCUCAAGAGGAAGGACUUUCUUCAAUUAGGAUUCAAAUAUGACAACCUGUUGAUGGAAGAGAGUGCACAAAUCUUGGAAAUUGAGACUUUUAUUCCGAUGUUGCUGCAGAGACAGGAAGAUGGUUAUGCACGUCUUAAACGUUGUAUAUUAAUUGGUGAUCAUCACCAAUUGCCUCCUGUUGUAAAGAACAUGGCCUUUCAGAAGUACAGCCACAUGGAUCAGAGUCUCUUUACUAGGUUUGUUCGUCUAGGCAUUCCAUAUAUUGAGCUUAAUGCCCAGGGUCGAGCUCGACCAAGCAUAGCCGAACUUUAUAACUGGAGGUAUAGAGAGUUGGGAGACCUUCCCUAUGUAAAGCAAGAAACUAUUUUCCAGAGAGCAAAUGCUGGAUUUUCUUAUGAUUAUCAGUUAGUGGAUGUGCCAGAUUACAAUGAUAGAGGUGAAAGUGCUCCUUCACCUUGGUUCUAUCAGAAUGAGGGAGAGGCUGAAUACAUUGUUAGUGUUUACAUGUACAUGCGCUUACUGGGUUAUCCUGCGAAUAAGAUAUCCAUUCUAACUACUUACAACGGCCAGAAAUUUCUCAUCCGUGAUGUUAUCAAAAGGAGAUGCGUUCCAUACGACAUUAUUGGCCCUCCAAACAAGGUCACAACAGUGGAUAAGUUUCAAGGUCAGCAGAACGACUUUAUCUUAUUGUCGCUGGUGCGUAGCCGUUUUGUUGGUCACUUGCGUGACGUGAGAAGAUUGGUUGUUGCAAUGUCUCGUGCAAGACUUGGCCUCUAUGUCUUCUGCCGUCGUUCGUUAUUUGAGCAGUGCUACGAACUACAACCCACCUUUCAGCGUCUUCUUCAGAGACCUGACCACCUUGCACUAAACUUGAUGGAGAAUAUGCCUUUCACAGAUCGUCGUGUUGAGAACACGGAGCCAGCCUAUCUUGUCAACGGUGUGGAGGAGAUGGCUAAUAUCGUGAACUCAAAAAUGCAUCAGGUUAACCAGGCAAGGAUGAUGAUUCAGCAAUAUGGUACGAAUCAUAUUGGACAAGGAGAUGUUUCUGUGGUCAAAUCUUUCCACGGUGGCCAGCAGGACUUGACCUCAGUGAAUGGUAUGGACACUGAAAGACCUGUCCUGGAAAAUGGUGAACCAGGGCAGGUACCACCUGGUAGUAAUUCUGAGGAAGGUGCUGAUAUGGAGGAAGAUAAAACUGGUCAAAACGGAGAUGCGCAAGUAGAGAAUCAUGGGGAGCAUAAAACAGAUUCUAAAGUUUUAGCAGAUGGUGGUGAGGAUCUAUCUGUCAAUAUGGAGGAAUAAGCUGAUGGGAGUAUCAGAAGGCACUCUUCCAUGUGUUCAAAUCUGAAGGACCUCACAGCUAAACUUAGCACUCUUAACCUUGUUUAACAGAAGCAUGCUAACAGGGGAGGUUCGGCAACAGCCGCAGUUGGCUUUUUUAAUAAUGUAUAAUGUGGAGACGUUGCACUUCAUGUUCUAAUAGAUAGCUGAAUCUGCUUUUCACGGAGUAAAUGUUGCUCUCUGGUGCUUUCUUGGAUGUAGCCUUCAGCUUCAUGGUUUGCUGUAAAAGAAACUCAGGCGUAGCCCUGGUAGCGUGAAGUUUUUUAAGCUUGGAUGUCUUGGUCGAAGGGAUGAACGAGGCCUUGUUCUCCUACUGGUGAAACAGCUAUACAGGAGUGCCAUCUCCAGCAGAAAACUAGAUUUGUUAGGAGGGUAAGGGUAGAAGGGAAACUAAAUAUUUUCCAUUCCUUGAUCCAUUUCUUACUGUAAUAUUAUAUACAAGUGAAUGUCAUGUACCCUUAAAUUUUAGCGAGAAUGAAAAUCUUGAUCUAACUAGAGGAACUUGAAAAGUAUAUGAAGAGAGUAGUGGUUUCCGGAAUCCCGCAUGACCUUUUGGUUGGUGAUAAAUAUCAUUUGGACGUUAAUUAUCUUUUGAUUUAAA